AGCGUCAAGUUGAUCAGCUGCUAUCCUACAGCUUAUGAUGACCGGAGCACGCUCCCUUCUCCCCGAAGCAUCCUAGUAAUGCAACCUUCAGUGCCUAUUCCCGACGUCUUUGCAUUUAUACUGAGGAAAUAUGGAGGGUUCUUCCAUGAUACUUCCAGCUUCAAGGUUUCAAGCGCGACAUUCCGCCACUACUUGUUCUCUAUCAGCCACAUGGCCACGAUCGGCUCCCACGCUUACAGUAUUGAGCGACAUAGGGAGAUCGCCAAGCUACCGUAGCCGAAGUUAAAUAUCAUAUUUUGAAGACAAUGGCCCAGUGUAACUACUUCAGCAACAGAAGGCAGAAGAUGCCAGGAUACCUGCAUAAAACCUCUGUAACAGCGACAGACAACUGGUAAGCUUCACGUAGACAUGGCUUUCGCGAGGGUCUCUAUUCCAGGACAUACGACGGCGUUCUGGCCCCUAUCACAGACGGAGCCAGCUUCGAUAGAUCCACCUCGAGGAUUGCGAAGCGCUACUCCAUCCCUCGAAGAUGUGCUGCCGUUGACGCUGUCUCAGGAGGAGGCGCUGGACGCACGCACCGAUUGCAGCCGCCUACUACCCAGAUUGGCCUACGGGUGGCAUCCCACCGGAAAGUCUCGACUACUCCAAGUUCGAGAUCUUCUUCCUCGCAUUUGCGACGCCGAGUUUUCUUCGGGGAUCGGCUGGGAGAGUGGUUCUACCUCCGUACUCAAACAGCUCGUCAACAGUGCGACCAAAAGCGGGAAGGGCACAUAA